ACAGGGAUUCCCGGGGGUGGAAGGAGGAGCGGGUCCAAAAGGAAGCAAGGGUGAUGUAGGAUUUCCAGGAACAGAAGGACUGAAAGGAGAACGGGGAUGCAAGGGGCCACCAGGGGUCGUCGGUGCAGCUGGUUUAACGGGUCCCCCUGGUCCCAGAGGCCCCCAGGGUAUGCCUGGAUCGCAGGGUGAGGAAGGGAUCAUGGGUCCUAAAGGAGGGAAGGGAGAAGCCGGCUAUGAUGGUAUCCAGGGAGCACGAGGGUUCAGGGGUCCAGUAGGAUUGCCAGGAAUGCCGGGAAGAGAUGGAAGGCCAGGCUCAGCGGGCUCUCCCGGACCAUCAGGGCAAAGGGGACUCCCAGGAUGUGAUGGACUCAAUGGCAGCGCUGGGGAAGCUGGCUUACCAGGUCUACCAGGGCCUCGAGGGCAAAUGGGACCUCCUGGUUUAAACAUCCGGGGUCCCCGGGGUCCGCCUGGGCCACCAGGUCGGUUUUCACUGGACAGUGCGCCAGCCAGUCUCCUGCAGCUGAUCAACCACGGCAUUAAAGGUGAAAAAGGUGAACAUGGAUUGAGAGGACCGUACGGUUACCCAGGCAUCGGCCAUCCAGGCAAGAAAGGCUUGAGAGGGUUACCUGGACCUCGCGGAUACCCAGGCAGAGAUGGCCGAGAUGGAUCACCUGGGAAGGACGGUAUUCCUGGGCGACCCGGCCAGCCUGGUCUUGCCUUGCAUCGCAAUGUCACAGGGCACAGAGGACCCCCGGGACCCCGGGGUUACCCAGGACGUGACGGAAGACGUGGCCAACCCGGCCCCAAGGGAGAACCUGGUUUUGCUAUAGUGGGUCCUCCAGGCCUACCUGGACCAGUAGGGAAGACAGGCGAACGAGGACGAGAUGGAACUCCAGGACGAGCAUUGCCCGGUUUACGAGGACUCCCUGGGCUGUCAGUAAAGGGAGAUAAGGGACAGAAGGGUGAUCAUGGGCCUAUAGGACCUUCAGGUAAAAGGGGUCGCCACGGAAAAACAGGACCACAAGGCUUACUGGGUUACAGAGGACCGAAGGGUGAACCAGGCGAACCAGGCAUUUCUAUAUCAGAGUCAGGCACUGUGCUUGGUCCUCCUGGUCCUCCCGGGCCUCCUGGACUUCCUGGUGUAGGUUAUCCUGGUGAGUCUGGUAUCCCUGGAGAGCCAGGGCCGAGAGGAUUCCCUGGACAGAAUGGACUUCCUGGACUUAAUGGAGAGGAUGGACUGCCUGGAAAACCAGGGCCUCCUGGACGAGGUCUGCCAGGACCAAAAGGUCCCCGUGGUGACCCUGGUAGGCGUGGGUUAACUGGUGAAUAUGGAGCUCCGGGGGUCAAGGGUGAUCCGGGUCGACCAGGCGAACCAGGAGUUCGUGGAGAGAAAGGUUUUCCUGGUGAAUCAGGACUUCCUGGAAGAGAUGGUCUGCCAGGACCAAAGGGAUCCCGAGGAUCCCGUGGCAUUUCAGGACCACCUGGGAAGAAUGGUGUUCCGGGACUCCAAGGAUUUCCUGGAAAGCAUGGUCAAAAAGGAGAAUCUGGAACAGCUAUAAAUGGAAUAAAAGGAGACAAAGGUGACCCUGGAGAAGGAUUCAGAGGUCCACCAGGACCUCGAGCAUUUCCUGGUGUUAAAGGUCAGAAAGGUGAAGGAGGGAAUCCUGGGAAAGAUGGACAUCGAGGGCUUCCAGGAGAACCUGGACGUGAUGCCGUCUUAGUGGCUGGUGUCAAAGGUGAACCUGGAAGAGACGGCUGGCCAGGAGACAUUGGCCCUCGAGGGCCAGUAGGUCCUAAAGGAGAACGAGGAGUUUCGGGUCUACCAGGACUAGUAGGACCUCCUGGCCUUGACGGGCUGGAUGGACAGCCGGGACCUCCAGGAGCGUAUGGAGUCAUUGGAGAACCUGGUGUACCGGGCCGUGAUGGUACGAAGGGUGACCGAGGACCUUCAGGACUCCCCGGCUUGCCUGGACUAAGUGGGCCACCAGGUGAACAAGGGUUUGGACAGGAUGGGACGAAAGGACAAAAGGGAGAAAGAGGAUCCAGUCUAAUUGGACCUAAGGGCAAUGCUGGAGAUCCUGGGUUGCACGGGGAGCCUGGACUGCCUGGUAGAACCGGCCUGCCUGGUGAGCCUGGGGUCCCAGGGGAACGAGGACCAACUGGCUUUGGAAUACAAGGAUUGAAAGGGGACAAAGGAAUGACAGGGAUUGGCCACCCAGGACCACGUGGUCUGCCAGGUGAGCAGGGACCACGAGGACACGUAGGCCUGCACGGUCCAAAAGGUUCACGAGGGGCUGGAGAAAGGGGAGAAAGGGGGGAACGAGGAAUUGGUAUUCCGGGAGAGAAAGGAAGAAAGGGAGAAGAAGGUACUGGAUUCCCAGGACCACAAGGUCUUGCAGGAUUACCAGGACCGUCAGCUUACAUUUACGUCCGCCACAGUCAGAGCACGCGCAUUGGCCAAUGCAAGCAUGGCCACGUGGCUCUGUGGACAGGGUACAGUUUGUUACACACAGAGGAUGAAGGAAGGGCACAUGUGCAAGAUUUAGGUCUUGCUGGCUCGUGUUUGACAAAAUUCAACCCUGUACCAGUGAUGUUUUGUAACAUAAACAACGUGUGUUACUAUGCUAGUCGAACCGGAACCAGUUACUGGCUUUCGACAUAUGAGAGACUUCCCAUGAUGCCCGUGGAAGGCAACACAAUGAUGCGGUAUAUUAGCCGCUGUUCCGUUUGCCAGUCGCCCGGCCCGCUGAUAGCUGUCCACAGCCAGACGACAUACACCCCGGACUGCCCCACAGGAUGGGAGGAACUGUGGUCGGGCUACAGCUUCGUCAUGUAUGUGGACGGCUCCAUGGGAGGAGGACAGCCAUUAGCCAGUCCAGGUAGCUGUCUGGAACACUUUGCGCCUCACCCGUUCAUAGAGUGCACCAGUCGCGGACAGUGCUUUUUCUUUUCCAGUAAAUUCAGCUUCUGGCUAGCUGCCGUUCCAGACGACCCUCGUAUUAAACCCAUCAAAGAAACUCUAAAGGCUGGCUUCCAUUUACGCCGUGUCAGCAGGUGUAAAGUGUGUAUGCUUAGUCCGGCAGGUCGUGGAUGACAUCAACAUGGGAAAAUAAUUGGAAAACAAAAACUUGUGUAUACGGUGGAAAUUCCAUUUGAGCCACUGGUGAAAUUAUAAACCAUAAUCAACAGAAGAUUAGAUCACUGACAUUAAGUAGAUGUACAUACAGUAAAAUCGCAAUUACCUCAGGAUUCAGGGUUUACGCUGUCGUUUGUCAAAUCGCUAAAUGCGAAUUAAAGUUGAAUUUAGCGAAUAUAUUUCAUUACUAAUUCACGAAAAAAAUAUAAUAACCCAAAAACAAGAAGAAAAUUAUUUGUAAUCUAUUAGAAUCACCAUCUUGGUUAACUCAUAUUUGAUAUGAUGGAACACAUUUAUAAUUCAUUCAAGCUCAUGAAUCACCUAAAAGAUUUUGUUCCCACAUCCUCGCUCCUCGUUCUUUUUCGUUACCCACUAGAAUAAAUUGGUCAAGGUGUACCAUCAUAUUUCUUUAAAGAACCUUAAUUUUGUUACAUUUUGUUUGGUUAACUGAAACUUGUAUUUUACUAAAAGCUUUCUAACCAAGUUCACUAAAUUAAUAAGUGUUGUCAUCCAGUUUAAAUUCUGUAUAUGUACCUUUAAGUAUAUGGUUAGUGCACGGAAAAUUAGCACUCAAAAAUCAGUAUAAGUGACCCACACCAAAUAAUUAGAUAUCGGUAACAUAAACCUCCAAUAUGUCUGUUAUUUAAAUAAUGGCUGGACAAAAACAAUUAUUGCAUAAUAUAAACUCCAAGUGUAUAUUGUUAUAUUUUAUCAUUUUGUACAAUAUCUAAACCAAUAAUGAAUUGUAGGGUGGUUUUUUAUUAUUUAAAGCUGUGGCCACUAGUCACCAUCAUAUAACAUCGUUUAUUAAUGCAAAAUAGAUACAACUACUAUUUUAAUAAACUUGUCAAAAAACUAUACACGACUCUCCAUUGAUGAACAGUUUUAAUACGAAAGAGUUGUGCCAUUUCACUAUGCAGGACUUCUUGGAUUAGGAGCCUAUCAAAAAGAAAAUCGCGCAAUAUAAAGUGUUCAUUUCAGGGUGAAGGUUCCUUUCCUGAGCGGAGGAGCCGGUAAGAGCUGACACCUGCGCCCAUGACAGGCGUGCGCUACAACAGCUUGUUCUGAAUGUGCACGUUAAAUCCUAUGACCAUGUCCAUGCUGGUCCGACCUGAUCUGGGUGAGAUGCUUCAGGUGCAUCUUGGCAAAGAAUAUGUCAAUAAUUUUAAGUUCAUAGAGGCAUGGAUUCAGAGGAUGCUCGAGCACCCUCCUUCAUUUGAAAUACCUGAAAAGUCGGAGUAUAUAAUAAACAGAUAUUUUUGGUUUAGUUGAGGCAUGUAAUAUUGAGAUGAACAUGUUUUAAUAAUCCAUGUUAGUGCCUGUUGUUUAAAGACACUCAGUACACUUUAACCCCGUCCCCGAUCAUGUUUAUAUAAAACAAUUUGUAGUAGAAUAUUUUAUAAAGUGUAUGUAGUUUCAGUUUUGUUUCUAAUAAAAGAUUGAUAUAUUUUCAAUGAAAUAUACUAAAAUAGACAUAGUAUUACAUGUUUUUACUUGUCUGUAGGCUCUAGUUUUUCGAAUUUUAUAUUCAAAGAGUUCCAAUAAAAUAGUUUUACAUAGAGGGAACAUUAAUGUAAAGGGAAUGGAAAUUAAUAUGAAUGGAAUUAAGAGAGAGAAAGAGAUAGAGGGGGAAAAGGGAGGAACUCUGCCACAUAAUUGGUUUCGGUUAGAUACAAGUUAUUUGAGUAAAAAACGUGUUAUAAUUUGCCCUAUAUAGUUCGGCACCCCAUACACCCUCCUUGGAUGCUGUUACCAAAGUUAAAUUUUAAAACGUUUCUGCAGGAUAUCUAACAUAAUAUUUAUAAAACAUAUUUACAUUAUGCAUACUCAAAGCACACACACCAUUAUGGCGUGAAUUUGUCGUCCGCAUUCCUGUAUUUGUGCAAGGAAUACAUACUGUGACAAGACGUUCUUGGGACCACUAUGAAUAUAUACAAUCAACGAUACUAAUCUGAUUGUUUAAAUUAACAACGUAUCUAUUGUAACUAU